AUGUGGGCUAAGCUAGUCAACGCAGCAUCUUUCAACUAUUUCGCCCAUGAUCUUUUACAUGGUUCGUUUUCGAUAUGGACGACACCAACAUCCUGCCCGACAUCAGUGACCCGCAACUCCGCCAAGAACUACUCGAAGCCUUCUUCUCCCACGCUUCCUGUUAAAUCAUACACACCAACUACCUUCCUCUUCUCAAUGAAGUCAGCCAAUAAGAGGGCGGAUGGACCUAUCAACAGACCAGCACAAUCUGGGGCGCCUACGCAGCCUACAAACCCUUCAUCCGACACCUCACGGUUAAAGCCAUGGAAUUCGAACUUGAGGAAACAGAGCUCCUUCGCCUCGGGUGGGAAUGCAGCAUUUCCCGCACCGAAGUACGCAAAGAGUGGGCUGAACUUCUCGAGCCCCCCCGGCUAG